AUGUCAUACAGGCCACACAAGAGGAAGAGGGCAACACGCCUCGACGGGAAGUGUGUUGAGGUUGUUGGCGACAAUCUGCAGCAGGCGUUCCAUCCUGAAAGGCUCCCUGCUUCAAUCUCAUACACAAGUCGAUGGAGUAUCGUGAUCCCGCACCCACCUGACUCCUUCGAUCAACACAAGGAUCAGUUCCUGUCCGAGUACUGCAGGAGGAAGGAGCUGACGAAUGUCAGAAUCGUCGGAACAGAGAGUGCGAAUGAUUCCAAUCAGAUGAAUGACGCCCCUCCCUCUACGAGGGUAGGAUCGGUAGUUCCAAACCUUGAGAGUAUCGACUUGAAGCAAUGCUCUGGAAAUGAAAUCUUAGGGACCGGAGGAUUUGAAGCGUUGUGCGAAGGAUGUCGGCAGCUGCGGAAAGUGAAUCUUGCGGGGAUUAUGACCCUGAGAGACGAGCAACUUGCAUGCAUGCAUAAACUUGGAAGCAGCCUCAGAUCUGUCGACCUUGGUGGUAGCGUGUGUUUGUCCUCCAGCGCUCUCGCCACGUUUCUCAUGAGGGCGGGGAAGAACCUGCAGGAGCUGGAUCUUUCAGGGUGUCAAGUUAUCCUAUCUUUGAUUGAAAACUGCAAAAGCUUGACGAGCCUAUCACUUGGUUACUGUGAAGCGACUCAUCAUGCAAUGGCAAUGCUGUUUCGAAACCUCAAGAAGGUGACAGUGUUGAGACUUGUACGAUCCUUUCCUUCAGCAGAAAUGGAAGGAAAGGAUGUGGCGUACAAGAGAAGUCGAGCUAUGAUUCUUCUGAUUGCGCGUCAUAUGGGCGAAAAUCUAUUACAUCUGGACAUUACAGGCUGCAAAGAGGUCAAGCCUGAUGAAGUUGUGUAUCUACUGCAACAUUGUCCCAACCUUCAAUACCUCAACUUGAAGUAUUGCACUUCGUUGCCACCGGAAUUCCUGGAACAAACGGUACCCGCCAUACUUCCAGGCUUGAAGACGCUUGAGCGAGAUCGUCCACGGGUCGAUUCAGUCACCCUUACCAAGGACUGA